CCUCACGCAAGCGGACAUUUCCCCGUGUAGCUGUCCCCGCACGGAGCUACGUCUGGUUAGCUCGGCGGCUAACAGCCAGAGGAAGCCAACGGCACCCGCAGACGCUAACAGGGGGGGGGCUAGCUAGUUAGCCACCGUUAGCCUCUUUUUUUAUUUAAUGACGAGCGCAGCCACCGUGGCAACGUCACUCAGGCACCGGGUGGUUUCCCUCAAUGGGACCUUUUAACGGCGAUUAAAACCACGGAGCUCCAGUGGGGGUGUUCGCGGUGGGAGUGAUGGGAGCCGGAGCGUCCCUGUGGAGGGUUAGCUUGGGUGCAGGACAUGCUGGGAACGAUGGAGGGGCUCUGGAAAUCGCCUUCAGACCAGUAUGAAGCUGCUUCCCUCUGAAUUUAGGUCAGACACCAGUCAGCUGGGACGAGAGGAUCCUCUCCACCAGACGUGGCUGCUGCAGCAUCGUAGGAGGAAAACCAACCCACAGCUUUGGGGGGAAUCAAGGACGAAGCUCUGAACGUGUCUCUUCACAUUCUACUGAUCUAAUAAUGACAUGUUUUGGCCACUUGGAUCUUUUCCCCCUCUUCUUGCAUCAUGUCUGACUGCAACGAGGAAGCUUGAAAGUCACUGACGACCAAUCAAACGUGUCUGCAGCUGCAUCCAUGUUGUAUUUAUGAUCCUUGGGGCUGGAUUACCCAGUGGAGCGUCUGUCUCUUCCGUCAGACAGAUCAUUUCUGCCGGAUGUGAUGCAUCAGCCGUGCAUCGGGAGCUGAAUGGAAGCGUCCGGGGCCUUUUGUGAGUGAGGAGGUUGUGGGUCCCAGUGAUGUACCAUGGGGUACGACAUUACGAGGUUUCAAGGGGAGGUGGAUGAAGACCUGCUGUGCCCUAUAUGUAGCGGAGUGUUAGAAGAACCAGUGCAGGCUCCACAUUGUGAGCAUGCCUUCUGCAAUGCCUGCAUAACGCAGUGGUUCGCCCAGCAGCAGAUUUGCCCCGUUGACCGCACAGUGGUGACGCUCGCUCACCUCCGGCCCGUGCCCCGCAUCAUGCGCAACAUGCUGUCCAAGCUCCAGAUGAGCUGUGACAACGCAACCUUUGGCUGCACGGCCACGCUGCGGCUGGACCAGCUGCAGUCGCACCUCAAAGACUGUGAGCACAACCCCAAGCGGCCCGUCAACUGUGAGGAGGGAUGUGGGCUCGAGAUGCCCAAAGAUGAACAGUCCAACCACAACUGCAUCAAACAUUUGCGGAGUGUUGUUCAGCAGCAACAGACCAAGAUUUCCGACCUGGAGAAAACGGUGGCAGAACAUAAACACCAGCUGGGCGAGCAAAAACGAGACAUUCAGCUGCUGAAAGCCUACAUGAGAGCAAUCCGCAGUGCGAACCCCAACCUGCAAAACCUCGAAGAAAGCAUCGAAUACAAUGAAAUCUUAGAGUGGGUGAACUCCAUGCAGCCGGCCCGGGUGACGCGCUGGGGAGGCAUGAUCUCUACCCCCGAUGCCGUGCUCCAGGCGGUCAUCAAACGCUCCCUCAUCGACAGCGGCUGUCCUCUCUCGGUUGUGAACGACCUGAUCGAGAACGCCCACGAGCGCAACUGGCCGCAGGGGCUGGCCACCCUGGAGGUGCGGCAGAUGAACAGACGCUACUAUGAGAACUACGUUGCCAAGCGUAUCCCUGGCAAACAGGCCGUGGUGGUGAUGGCGUGCGAGAAUCAGCAUAUGGGGGAGGAUAUGAUCCUGGAGCCCGGCCUGGUUAUGAUCUUUGCUCACGGCGUGGAGGAGAUCUUAUAACUGUGCAGCUGACUGAGCUGAUCCAGAGACAAGCGGGGACGUUUUGGUGGGGGGGGGUUGUUUGCUGUGACGAGGAAUUUUUUUUUUUACUCGUCAGAGUGAAACCUUCCAAAUAAUUCUGGCUUAUUUAAAAAAAAGAAUCUUAUAAGAGGCUCACUCCUAAGCUUCGUACCUAUGCCUUAAAAUAAGGACAAACACAUAAUGAACCUGGCAAAUAAACUUAAUCUGACUGAUAUCGAAGAUGAGAGGUGAGAUGUGAUGUUUACAAGGUUUAUAUUUAGUGCAUUAUAUGAUCUGAUUGUUCUGCUCCAUGUCCUGAUAUAGUAAUAAGCUUGAGCCCCCAUUUAAUGUCCGCAGUUGUAUAAAUGCUUGUAAAUACAAAUACUAUAUUGAAUUAUAACUGUCAUUCUCUUAUUCCCAUUACUGUAAUUAGAUCGUGGUUUCUGUUAAUCUCAGUUGUCUUCAGUCGACCUGUGUCACCGUCUGCAGGGACGUCGGCUCUGUUGUUUCUUUUUCGCGUGCUUGCUUCUCUCUUUUUUUUUUAGUAUUUAGAUUCCUGUGAAUAUUUUACAAGACAUCGUGCUUCUCAGUUUAGAUUGUCCAAAACCUUCUGUGCCAUUGAUUUUAUUUAUUGUGUUGCCUUUCACACAGACAUGCUUGAAGAUGUUACCAUUUGAUGUAUGGAAAUCUGCCUUUUUCGGUGCAUUUGAAGUUCGUUGCAGGAAGAAGAAUUUGAUUUUGUUUGUGUUUUCUUUGUUGCCUCAGUUGUGUAUAUAUACGUACUCUGUAUGUUGGGUCCAGUUGAAUGGUUGAAUUGCAAUUUUAACAUUUAGGAUAUGCCUAUGUGUAACGAGUUUUAUCUGACAAAUCAUGGUGGUCCACCUGAUGUACUAGGUGAUCCUGAAACACACUGAUCUUCUCAUUCGUCACAGUUAUCAUUCAUCUAUUCACUGACAUUUCACUGAGAACCACAGCUUGGAGAUUGUAUAAAUAUUUGUGAAGUCACUCUUAUGGUUUUUUUGAGAGGUAACAAUGUUUCACCAUUAGUCACUUAGUGCUGAUAUAAGACAAACAAGACUCCAGACAUGUGGUAGAAAAGAUCAAUCAAGUGCAGUAAGAACAUAAGUUGAAUUGUGCCCUUUAUUAUUUUCCCUAUUAAUGUUUUUGUUUUGUGUCUGUUAUGUACUGUGUUGUACAGACAAAGUAAUAAAAUGACAAACUUCAUCCCAAAA